AGGAGACGGACUGGUCUGAAGCCACAUCUGGAGCCGGUCUGCUGGACGAGCUCCUCCAUCCAGCCUGGCAUGUACCCCAUGGUCUACAGAUCUGUCUGCAAGACUGAGAGCAAGAGAGCAAGACAGAAAACAGUCUUACACAGAAGAAUAUGGAAGAGAUAAAGACCGAGCCGGUGGAUUUUGUGAGGGAGUUUCAAGAAUACCUGACGCAGCAAACGCAGCAUGUCAACAUGAUUUCAGGCUCAGUGUGCGGAGAGGCAGGAGAGCCUCCGUAUCAAGCAGUUGCCCCCCGGAGCGAGCAGAUUGGUCUCGACUCUGCGCCUGUGGAGGUGAACCUGCCGGUAGAGGAUGGACCAGAUGUCCAGAUGGACGGCCUGGAGAGGACCUGCGAUGGGAAAUACAAGUGCAGCUACUGUAAUUAUGCCAACAAGGGCAUGGCUCGGUUAAUAGAGCACAUCCGCAUCCACACGGGAGAAAAGCCUCACCGCUGCCAGCUCUGCCCGUUUGCUUCAGCGUACGAGCGACACCUUGAAGCCCACAUGCGCUCCCACACGGGAGAGAAACCAUACAAGUGUGACCUCUGCGCCUUCCGCUGUAGCGACCGCAGCAACCUGUCGCACCACCGCCGCCGCCGCCACAAACUCCUCCCCAACAGAGUCGUCCGCUCUUCCUUCUCCAACAAGCGCAUGUUGGGCUCCCUGCAAAAGAGGACCGGCUCACUGGGCUUCAGCAGGCGGCUGCUCAUCAACUACAACCCUCCCUCUUUGACAAUGCCAAAGUCGGAUUACCUGAGCGAUUUUCCUCAUAAGAUCCACCACCAUUUGAACAGUGCUGAGUAUAAGAACCAUGACAAGGCGGAUGAGAACGACGGUCUCAUCAGAAGUUCUAACGGUCUGACUUUUAAUAACCCGCUGGACCAGUUGUCUACACUUGCAGGCCAGCUGGCAGACCUUCACCCUGAACCUCAAACGCCUGCGUCCCCAGACAGAGAGUCCUUAAUAGAAGAGAAGCCCAUCCUCAUACAUCAGAUCUCGAAUGAACAUGUUGCGGUGUGUUCCAACGGAGUCCAGACUUCACCUCCUAAUAAAGAGUCUCCCACCUCGGGCCACGGGAGCUUCAGUCCUGUUCCCGCCCUGGGCUUCGAAAGCAGCAUGAACACUCUGACUGCGAGUGCAAGCAGCAGCCUGCCGGGCACGCCCGCCCUCCCUGCGCAGACCGCAGCGGAACAACAGCUGCCACAGAAAUGCCGCCACUGUGAUAUUCACUUUCUGGAUAACAUACUCUACACCAUUCACAUGGGCUGCCACGGCUAUGAGCAUCCAUUUCAGUGCAACAUCUGUGGCCACAUGUGCACAGACAGAUACGACUUUGCUUGUCAUUUCGCCCGUGGACAACACAAAAAGUGAUUCCUUGCAGCACAGAUGCACCGGGUGUCUUAGAUACUUUUGUAUGGUGCUUGUACAACAUUAAUAUAGUUGUGCUGAUUUAGAUUUUUAACUUCAGUUUUUUUUUAUAGUUUCUUAUUUAUUUUUUGGUUUGAUACUCAUUAACUGCAAUACAUUGUUGCCUCACAACCUUCUCUAUGGCUCCCAACCUUUGUGCUUUUCACAUGAGUUAUGAUUGAUACAUACACCAUCAGUCGGGAAAAUCCAGAUUGAAGCCCACAAAGUGUUGUUCUGACUUGUCCUACAUUCAGUAUUAGUGAGGGCAGUUUGAUCGUUAACCUACUUUGCCAAUGCAGGUGCAUGAUAUGAUGUGAUUUUAAUAUGCACACAUGAUGUUGCAUAUUUAUGAUGUGAUAUGUUUUUGGGGGGGAUGUAGUUUUUUUUUUUUUCUCUCGGUAUCAGCAGGUCAACAGAGUAAACUCGACUCUUACAGUGAGUCAUUGUUAGUAAGCGGCUUGUAUACGAGACAUCUCAAAUGAAGGGAGAAUGCAAAGUGUUCCAUGGCAGACAUCAUGAGCUUCACACGCUCUGCAUUCAGUGUGCAGCAGAUAAUAAUUCUGUUCUUUUUUGUCCACAUUCUUAAACUGUCCAUCACUGGUUUAUCCAAAGCCGUUCUCUGUUAGACUCUUGAAUGGGAUGUUCAAAGACUGACAGCUGAUUCUGUGUUCAAAACAACAUUGUGUCCAUGUCAUGAAGCCUCCUUGUAAUUCUUGUCUGGAUAUUUAUUUAUACCUCACUCCAUAAAGUGCAGAGGAUUUCUA